AAAGUCUGCUGAAGGAGUUCGAGAGAGGAAAAGGAAAGUAAAUAAAUAAAUGUGACAAAAGUCAAAGUUCCAGUUUCGAAAUAGGAUCAUGGAGGUGGAGAAGUAUUUGUCUCGCAUUGGGUUCGCUGGUUCUGCGGUUCAGCCCAGUUUGGAGCUGCUGCGGUCCGUCCAUACUUGUCAUCUGCUGGCGGUACCGUUCGAGGAUCUGACGAUCCACAGCGGCGGAGAAGUCCGCCUCGACCUGCAGCUCAUCUACGACAAGAUCGUCAACAAGCGCCGCGGCGGGUUUUGCUACGAGAACAACGGUCUGUUCUUCUGGCUGCUGACUCACCUGGGCUUCCACGUCACCAUGAUGUCAGGCCAGGUGAGGAAUGCCAUCACGCAGAUGUACGGACCCCCGUUCGAUCACCUGAUCCUCCAGGUGACCGUGGAGGGCCGCAGGUGGCUGUGUGACGUGGGGUUCGGAUCUUCAGGAUUCAUCGCUCCGCUGUCGUUGGACACCGACGGUCUUCAGGAAGACGGUCACCGAGUUUAUCGCAUCAGGAGGAACCUGGAGAUGCACGUUUUAGAGUCACAGAAGGAGGAAAACCGAGGUGAGGACGGAGAAUGGACAGAAAUCUACAAGUUCACCCUUACACCUAGGCGUCUGGAGGACUUCAUAGAGAUGUGUCAGUACCACCAGAACUCCCCCAGCUCCAUCUUUGUCUGCAAGUCCUUCUGUACAAUUCUAAAGCCAUUUGGGAGGCUCACUUACAUCGGCCGCAGACUGAUAACCACCAUGUUCCCAUCAGAGGCCACAGAUGGAAAGUUGGAAGUAACAACCCUGGAGCUAAAGGAUGAGGAGAUCCCAGAAGUCUUAGCAGAAAAGUUUGGAAUUGUCCUUUCCUCUCCACUCAUCCCAAAGGAUGACCCCAUCACUCCACCAGAUGUUCAGUACUGAUCAUAGACAGUGUAACAGUAUAACUCAUUAAACAACCCACUUGUUGGUUGUUAACUAAUUCAUUAAUUCGUGUAACAACCCAGCCUUUCAGGGAUUGCCAUGUCAAAGCAGAUUUAAUCAAUGUGCACUAGUGGAAUUUCACACAGGAUGCCCUUCCUGACACAAAUAUACUAUAUGUGAACUGGGGAUACCCAGACUUGGCCCCCUUGGAGCUAAAUAGUCGGCUAAGAGGAUCUUGCCCUAAGAACUCACACUAGGUUCAAACCCUGUUUCCCAGCCAAAUGAGUCAUUAAGCCACUACGACAACCCACUGACUCAUUAAAAAAAUGUUUUUGAAAUUAUAGUAAUGAUCUAAGCAUGGUUGUGCUACUCCGAAUACGACUGGUCUCAAAAGAAAAGCAGGGCCCAUGGGAGACCUGAGAAAAUCUGGUGCUGUCAGCUACGGCUACCACAUGGGGGCGCUCUACAGGGUUUCCAUGUGUACAUCCCAAGUCCCAGUAAAGAGGGUUGGGUUGGGAACAUUGACUGUAAACAAGAACUGGACCAGACGAGUGCGACAUCACACAUAGAAAAUGGCUUACUUUCCGCUCCUUUUUGUUUUGCAACAUGGACGCCGCCAUGUUGGAACCAUACAUGGUCAAGAAGCAGUGACUGGUCCGAGUCCAUCCGUUUCUUUAGCAACCACUUUCAUGAGUGAGCUUGUUUGAAGUCCACGCCCCUACCACAUGAGGCUUGAGGAAAUCUGUCAAAUGUUUUGAGAUUAUCUUACUUUUGAGGCAUCUGAUUGGCCAGUUUAAAACUUGAAUUGCUUAUACUGAAGAAAAAAAAUCGUGAAAAAAAGGAUUAGCAGGGAAGAAUGGUUAUUCUGGCAAAUAUGAGUAAUAAAUGUACAUUUUCAAAUAGAAGUCUAUGUGAUUUUGGCUUCUGGAGUCAGUGGGUACUUCCUGUUCGGAACAGAAAAGGGGUGGAGUCACCCAAGGAAAUUAAUGCUUUUAUGUGGACCAUGUUGGAUCUCCACGUGAACAAUGUUUACUUGAAUAAUUAGAAGCACAUGGAUGACAAACUGAAACUGUCAUUGUGAUUUAAUAAAUUAUACAUCAAUUUUUAAAAUGUACAAUGGUCAUUGCAUUAAUCCACGUAUCUGUUUUUAAGUCAAAGUUUGUGUUCAAAGUAUUUACACAUGUACAAUUAUCAGGCAGCACUUUACAAUGCAAAGGCGUGAAUAACAGCCAAAAUACUGGGCUUCAAUUGAAACAGUUCAACCUUCCUGCUCACACUCCUUGAAAUAUUUUUCUCUGGUCCCAUGAUCAGGACCAUAACACACGUGAUCCUUCCAGAUUUGAUGGGUAUAGAAAGAUGCAGAUCGUCCGAUGUGAUCCACGGGAGAAUCAAAAGGGAUUACCGUCUGACUUCAAAAUCAAAAGACAGGGAAGACACAACUGAAAAAAAAGGUGGAAACGCGGGACACAAAAGUUUAUUCUGGAACAGGGUUGGAGGGUGGGGCCGAUGGUGCUCUGCCGGAUUUGCGCUCAUAGUUGACGAGCCGUUGACCAACCAGAUACCUGUAAUGACAGACAAAAUGUCAAUCACGGUAUCUUUCAACCACAAAGUGCAGAACUUGAAGAUGAGUACUUGUCGUUCUUGAUGUGUUCAUAAAGACGCUUGAACUGUCUAAUCUGGAAGGAGAGGAUCCCGACGAGCGACACCACCAUCAACAGGAAUGGGUAGAUUCUUCUCUGCAUGAGGAUCUCCAUCUCAGGGGUAACUCCUGCAAGAAAUACUUACAGUAUUUCUGUGUUCUGUAGUACUUUUUUCAUUUUUUUAUAAACAAAAAAGUAAAGAACUUUGGAGACUGUUGAAUUGUUUAUUUGCUGUAACUAUGUUUCACAAGUUGUUGGAAAAGUUGCCCGCUGGAAUGCUACCACCCUUGUGAGGAACAAUCAUUUGUCCGAUGAGCUCAUGUGUUGCCUAUUGAGAAAUUUGCCAAUGCUGAAGGGCUUGGUUUGCUUUUAACUUUAGUCUGGAUGAUUAAAGUUUUAUGCUGGCAGGCCUUUUUUUUAAUUAAGGUGGGAUUGAUUUAUACGAUUUAUGAAAGGGUGGCACUAUGUCUGCUUUGUUAAAGAAGCACAGCCCUCUUUUUUCCUUAAUUAUUUACUGAAUUUUUGCUCAAAGAAGACACUUCAAAUCCAGUAAGGAAACUUUUUGUUUUACUAAAAAAAAAAA